UUCCGGUUUUAAUAUUUGGUUUGUUAAGGAAAUCCCCCUUUCCAGAUUUUUCGUCUGUUGACCAGACCAAAGGCUCCAAAGAUUGGUAUUAAUAUCUGCAUUUGGACAAAAGAGAUACAGUUUCUGAAGUUAGACAACAACAUUACGCUUAAAAACAGAUGGAACGCAAAAGGAAAAUAAUCUUCAACUUUGAAGGUUUAUGAUGUUCGAGUUUCAUGAGAGAAAAACUCUACAGUUGAAAGGAGAUUCCUGCCAUGUGCUUUAACAUAAGCUAGUAGCCACAGACACACAGAAACCAUGGGAAACGAGUCCAGUUUACAGGAAGUUCUGAGCAAGGAAGAAAUUCAAGAUCUUCUAUCUUCUACUCCGUUCACAGAGAAUCAGCUUAGGAAGUUAAUGAAGCGGUAUAGAGAUAUGGACCCUGAUGGCACAGAUGGCAUACCAUAUGACAACAUGUUGACAAUGGUCGAGUUUGCGGGAAGUGAUUUAGCACCGCCAAUCAUUGCCAGUUUACUUGACAAACGAUCAUUGAAAAUUUAUCCUAAAUCCUUUCUUCGUGUGUGUGCCUUACUGAGUGAUCGGAUUAAACCAGCAGAGAAGAAAAAGUUCAUCUUUGACCUAUUCAACAUCUACAGUGGUGAUGCUUUAACCCACGAUGAGAUUUUCCGGCUCUACAAAUUAUUUUAUUCUGUUGCUAUCUCUGACGAUCACAUUCUGGCCUUGACCUUCAAAGCUCUAAAUCACCCUGACCUUGAAACCAAAGGUCAGAUCACAUUCCAAGAAUUUGAAAAGAUGAUUGGUGACCAGGAGAUAGUGGAUAGAAUGACUGUGGACUUCUUCUGAAAGAAUCUGUAAUCUUCAUAGUUCUAAUUUAACAAGCAGGAAUACUAGUGUCUAACUUGACCUGAUUACAUAGUUUCUAUGCUCAUCGCAGCAGCUCUACAUGUCCUUUACAGAACACAGGUUAUUGUCCAUGAAAUCAGAAAUCCACCUUAUUGCAUCCCGGGUAUUUUUAUUGCCCCCUCCAUGAAAUG